AUGAUUCUUUCACUGAUCGAUCGGUUCGAGACUGUUAUCAUAUCCCUAAUCAUCGUAAUCGUAACGUUAUCAGAUCCGAUUUAUGGAUAUCGGGUUAUACCUUCUUCUAGCGUGAAUAUUAUCCCACGACAAGGUCCAGGCACUUCUGCCUUCUCAUCGCCACUGACGAAUACGCUUUCAUCCAUUUCGACAACAUUCACAUCAGAUACACCAUCUACGUCGGUGGUAAAUUCUAUUCCGACAUCAAUCAACUCAAAAUCAGCCACUACCGACGCCACCAACACCACACCGUCAUCAUCACCUACUCCUGCGUUGACUCUCGCUAUGUCUUUAUCAACUUUUGCUCAAAAUAACGAUACCCAUUCUGCAUCAAGUGCAAACACCGAGGAUCAGGCCACAACAGGUAAUUGUACAGCACAAGGAGGAGGUUGUGUAAUUUAUACCGAGUCUUUAUCCUCAUGUGAAGAUGACAAUUGCGCUUGUGAUCUAUCUUAUUCAGCUCAAGUUUGCGCUCAAUGCUUGGCAUCGCAAGAAGCGGUACAAGGAUAUAACUAUUACUUAUCCGCAUGUGUAGGUUAUGGAUUAGUCAAGCCUACUGAAACGAUUAUCGCGCAAUGUGAAGAUGCGACUGAUACUUCCGAUAUAUUGACGGACAUGACGACUAAUCCAGUCUCUAGACCGACACCAACUGAGACACAAUCUGGCGGUCAAGUGGUUGAUGAAAACGGCAACGACAGUAGUGUAAACGCAAUCGGAAAUGCAAGCGGAGUAGAAGGUGAUGCUAGCCACAAUAUAAGCAACGGAAGUGGAAAUGAAAAUGGAAGCGGAGGGAAUCCAGAUUCCAUGGGGGUAGUUGCUAUCAAGAUCCCAGAUGGAACAGGGGGAGAAAAAAAUUAUACGUCUCCGGAGGAGAUCACCAGUCUGAACAAUGGUUAUGAGACCCCUUCAAUGGCCAGUAACAGUCCUGAGGGUGCGAUGUCUACUGUACUUACGACGGGCAUGAACGGAUCACCAACGUCCUUUGUGACCUCAGCUGGUCCGACUGGAAAUCCUACUCCAUCAGAUGCAGACGAUGUGUCUACUGCCAGCUUGGCUCUAGGAAGCUCAGCUGAAGAAACAGCUUCGACCGACGAUACGACUACUUCAAAUGGAGGUGUCGAUAUGAAUAGCCAGCAAUCAGGUACAAGUGCCCUUGAUUCCGCCAAAAGUUUCUUUUCAUCUUCAGUGGAUCCUACUUGUCAGAGUAAUUGUGAUACUUGGCUUGAAUCUGCCCAGAGCUGUACAGAUGAUACUUGUAUCUGCAACUCUCAAGCUAUGGAUAGCGCGAAAGCUUGUUCGAGUUGUGUACUCUCAGCCAAUAGUACCGAUCAAAUGAAUGCCUACGCUUCGUUUGAUCAAGGUUGCGUUGCGGCUUCCGCUGAAGCUACUGAAGCUACUUCUUCAUCUCAAUCCGACCUUGGAGGAUCCGCUGCGGAAGUAUCUGGGCAAACUGCUUUGGGUAUGACUACUCCUAUUGAGCCUAACUCAUCGGGUACUUCAGACUCAACUGUGACAGGCAGUAAAUCCAAAAGUACGGCGACGGGGAAGAAGCAAAAUGCCGAAACAGGCAUGGCAACCGCCACUGCCUAUGAGGAUGAAGAGAGUUCCGCUGUGAGAUUGGGCAGAGGACACCUGGCAAAAUAUGGUGGAGUGGUAGUGACCAUACUCAUGGGACUGCUAGGGACGACAUUGAUAUGA